GUCGUGGUUGCCAGGCAGCUGCUUGAAGCCGCGGCUGCCCCGCAUGCGACUGCCGGGCCGGGCCGGUGGCCGCUGCACGAGGCCUGCCGCGCCGGAAAUGACAAGUGCGUUCGGUUGCUUCUGACUCACUCUUCCGCAACGGCGGUUAAAGCCCUGGACUUCGAAGGGAAGACGCCGCACAUGAUCGCCAAGGAGGCAGGUUUGCCGGAGGCGACCCUCAUGCUCUUGGCUGCUGGCGAGCAGGCGUCUGCCAGCCCAGCAAGACAUGGGGAGCAGCAGCUCGGCGAGACGCUGGCAGAGGCCGAGAAGCGGGAGCUCCGAGCGAGGAAGGGAGCCGUCAGCGCCGAGGCGGACAGCAGCUGGCAGGCCUGGCGCUCACUUCACCCUCGCAUGGACGCUUCUUUAGAGGGCAACAAGGACCUAGAAGUGAAAGCUCUUCGCAUCGAGGACCUCGACGACCCCUUCUACACGUUCUCGCUUCCGUCCCAACCGGAGGAGCCUCUCCGGUCGAAGCCCGACAAGCGCUGGAAGGUGGGUGGUCUCAUGUUCGGAUCGUCCACCGCUGCCGAUGGCCGCUCUGCAGGUACUUUCAGCCCACUGCAGUCCGUAAAGACCUGGAUGAAGAGAGGCAGAGGGGCCCCUGCCAAAGCGCCGCAACAGUGA